AUGGACCGUGGCGGCGACACGGCGGCAUCACGGCCGAAUGGGCGAGCGCAGCCGAACCAGCUACAUGUAAACCACGAGACCAGGAGGCCGCUGUUCUCCAACAAGGCCCCGCGAAACAUGGGCAAUGGCCCUCAAUCCGCAUCCGCUUCGGUCGGCACUGGUGCAAGACCCGGAGCUCUUGGGGCAGUAGGUCAUAUUGGGCCCGCGCGACGAGCAAAAUCAGAUCCACAGAGCAUGGCAUCUGGAUUCGGAAAAGCUCAAGAAGACGUCGAUGCAAAUGCUAGCACCGCCAGCAUACUCUCUACGGGAGGCAGCCGAAUACCCCGACCCAACAUCUCAGGCCUUCAGCAUCGGCGGCCGAUUUCGAUGGCAGAAGCUUUCAAGCUAGCCCAAGAGGAGGAAGAGGAAGCCGAGCAAGAGCGACAACAAGGGGGUUCGCCGAGCCCAGCGCCACGAGUAUGGCGAGCGCGGCCCGGACAACCCCAUGACGAGACUCAAGCGCGAAAGAUGAUGGCCGAAGACCCCUUGGACAGCAGAGCACGAGCACGACAAUAUACCGAAGCCGGGGCGCCGGGUGUGCAGUCACCAAACGCGAAACCGCAGGCUACAGAGCUGGGAACGGCCACAUCUAAGAGAGGCAACGGCCCCAGCUUGCAGGACCGCAUAAAUGAAUGGAGGACGAAGUCGCGACCGAGCUCCGACUGGGCUGAGAAGUCGCCAGAAUACCUGAGAGAUGCCAGUGGCGAGCCGCACCUUCCUGAAUUGGUGCCGGGAAUCGAAGAUGUUCCUUUUCAAUCCAUCGAAUCCCCGGGUCUCAAUGGUGCAAUCCUAUCCCCAUCAAAAGAUUAUACAUGGCAGGUGGACCAUGAUUUUACCGCUGGAGACUUGCAGGUGUCGGAUAGCCCCCGAAUCAAAGUAGGGAAUAACAGCAAUAAGCCGUUUGCGAAUCGCCCAUCGAUAUUGGAUAGAAUUGAUAUCAGGUCGCCUGCGCGGAUUACUAGUCCUCGGACGAGAAAUACCAGGCUAGACGAAAUCCGAGCACGAGAACUCAAUGUUGAAGGGGGCAGUCUCGCAGGACAAUCAACUUUGACGCCACAGCAUUCUCGAAGAUAUACCAAGCUGGAGGAGAUUCGGGCGAGAGAAUCUGCAGCCGAAAAGCAGAUACCUAUACCCGAUCGAAAUCAACCACGGCCCAAGAACACCAGGUUAGAUGAAAUACGACAGCGCGAAGCAGAAGGCUUGUCAAGACGCGCCCUUGCCGCAGCCCGGCUAGAGGAAAUCAAGGAAAAAAACGCCAUGACGAGGCCAUUGUCACCAGAAAAGGGCAAAUCACGGAUUGAAAAUCGUCCCGAGAUGCGACCACCUGCUCGCCCCAAAUCAGCUCACUACGAGGGAGGAGAGCAUAUUCCAGACACCCCAGUCACAGUGUUUAAGAGCCAUCGCCCUAAGCAGGAGAACAUGAACCCCGAGGAGACGGGGACUACGCAUGGCAGGGGUGUCGCUGCAGUGAAGCCAGAUGUUAAUGAACGCGACUUGCUGCGACGGCUGGCCCGCGCCGCCAGCUCAAGUCCAGCACCCGAACCAGUGAAUAAACGUGCUCCCCUCGCAGAGCGCCAGAAACCAAACGAAAGUGAGACGGUUGUGACAAAACUGACACUGGCGGGACGUUCCACAAACAAUGGACGAAAAUCAGCUCUCAGCUCUCACAAUAAGGUUGCUGAAUCCUCAAGACCAAGUGUCGGAUUUGCUGGCUUAAGACGCAUCCCGUCAACCGAAUCAGCUAAGAGCAAGCCAUCAAGUAUGCAUUCAGAGUCGGAUCCAACUGCUCGGAUAGAAGCCGAGGCGAAGCUGUUUGCGCCGCGUGACGAUUACUCCGAGCCGGGAUCCGUACGAGCGCCGUCACCCGUGCCGGACAGUGAUGAGGAAGAAGACGACGUGGCAGAAGCUACUCCCAAGCCACAAAAGCACGAGUUUCUGCACAUGGAGACACCCCGGGUCAUGGGUGCCUAUGUUGAAACACCCGUCACGGCCAAAAUAGAGAAAGUCAAGGAGGAGGAAGCGCAGGACAUCCAGCCGUUGAAAGAGAAGCUGAAUGAUCAAAGACGAGCAAUGUCAAAGCCAGAUGCCACCACAUUAUUUCGUGAUAAGAAAACGAGUCUCGCGUGGCGGAAUAAAGACGAAGACACGGCCUCUGAGCCUGGUGCAAGAGGGGAAAUUGCAGGUGAUUAUGCUGCAGCAUCUGCAGCAGGCAAGAAGCCUCGAUCACGAUCAUUACCUCGCAGUCGAUCAUCAGUGAAAAACUCAGCCAAACCGCCAUCGGUCAAGGACGAUUUACGCGAACUGCAGCGCAAGCACAACAUUGAAGACUCAACCAUUGAUGACUUGGAGGACAUAUUGACCGGUCGAAAGCAUGCAUCACCAAAGCUGAAGGAGCUGCUAGAAGAAUUACCAGUCAAAGCAGAAGACAAAAUUGACGAAGAGUUGAGAAUUGUGGAAGCAGAGAUUCAGAAGCUGAAGCGAGAGAAUUCAGAAGACAAGGAUAUGUCGGCAGGCGAAACGGCUUUGUAUGACAAAAUGAGCAAGAAUCUCCGCACGGGAUUGUCGAGUAUACAUACUGCUAAGCUUGGCAUCGACAAGCUGUACGACCAGGUUGCCCAAGCCGAAAAACAGUCAACCACAAAUGAGGAUGAGUCAAAACCACUCCAGCGUCGGAAACACCAACAUGCAAAGGACCACAAGAAUUUGCCCGAUGUGUUGUGUCCAGAGUGCACGGCCGAUCCGGGACCAACCAGCUUGACCUAUCUUCGUUUCCCCAUCCCUCGACUCUUCUAUACCAGUCCUCGCUUUCGUUUAAGCUGGCUAGGCCUCGUUGUCGCAAUUGUUUCAGUUUGGUACCUGGCUGAGUUGACUGUGUGUGGGAAGUACUGCCGACCUGCAGCGUGUACAUCUACACCGUGCGUGUAUUCCUACGACGACCCAACGUUUGGCAAUGCACUUCCUGUGAAGAUAGACCAGUGGACGACGGGAGGAAACGGUCGGAAACUGGCAGCGUGGCUGCUGGAGGAGGUUGAAGACUGGGCGGCCGACAUGGGAGACGCUCUAUCUGGACGGUCAUUGGAAAGCAUAUCAGUGGACCAGUUGAGCGCGGCAAAAAGACGGCAGCACCGACGCAGACUACGAAAAAGAGGCCUCAUCAAAUUGCCGACAAGGGCCGCGCCAGACCAGACGGCGAAAUGGGAUGCAUGGAGACGGUCGAGGCUAGAAAAGGAGCGGUCACGCGACAUGGGCGAGGACCCAGGCGAUGGCUGGCUUGAAGAGAGCCUGGGAGGAGACGAACGGGUGUGGUGA